GCUGGGUUAGGAUGAUGUCCUGCCUUUGUUUGCAUUAAGUUGUGAGCAGCCCUUCCAGUUGAGCAGUAAACGAAGCAAUCUCCUCUCUGGGCCGCCCACUGCCCUCCUCAGCCGCCCCCCCUUUCCUGGGUGGGGGCGCCCAGCUGCUUCAGAGCCCACUGCGCAGGGGAAGGCAGACGCCUGCGCCUUCGGGUCACGGGAGUUGGGGGGUAGGAUAGGGGGCCUUGGGGCUGCGGUGGAAUCGAGUUUUGAGUCUCGGGGGCAGCGGAGGCCGAGUGAGUGGAGGGCUGGUGGCCCUUCGGACCCUCGUCCGACGCCGGCCUGUCGUCCCGGAGCCCCGCUGGCUACACGGUCAGAAGAACCUUUGGAUGGAGGGAGGGGUUGUUGGCCAAGGAAACCUUAUUGAAUCAAAGCUGGGCUCCCAUUCGAGGACCAACAGGCCUGCAGUUAAUUCCUGGUGUGAUGAGGAGGUGGGGUUUGCUGUCCUGGAUCAGAAAAGCGAGUCCCUAAGGGAGGGCCCUGGCUGCAUCAGCGAGGAGAGGGAUGGCGGCCUUACAUCCCGGCGAUAAGAAGAGGGUCCUUCCCUCCUGGAUGACAGCCCCGGGGCCUGAGAAGAGCAUCUGGGCGGUGCAGACCCCGAAGAGGAGGAGGACGAGGACAGCCCCGGCGCCGGCGGCAGCCAGACUCCCCGCAGUGAAGACGGUGUACUGCAUGAGUGAAGCCGAACUUGUCGAUGUUGCUCUGGGGGUCCUGAUCGAGAACCGACAACAGGAAAAGGCCUCGGAGCAGCGGCCCCUGGCAGGCCCUGCUGAGCCAGAGCUGUCCCCCAGCUGCUUGGAGGGGCCGGCUUCUCCCGAGAGAAGUGAGGGUGAGGACAGUGGGGAGGCCGCCCUCCCCCCAGGCCUGGGGCGGCCGCAGGGGUCUGCAGGCUGGGAGCCUGCCUGCAGCAGCAGCCCUGAAGAAGAUGAGGACGCGUUCAAGUACGUCAGGGAGAUAUUCUUCAGCUAAGGGACCGGUUCCCAGGACGCUACGGCCGGAACAGCUACCGGACCCUAGGCUUUGGCGCUGCCUGGGGACUGCGCCCAGCUCCAUGCCGUUGGGUGGCGCCAGAAGCCCUGACACUCGGCCUUGGGAAGUGAGGGAUCCGAAUGAACUGCCAUCAGAAUUCCUC